GGCGGCCCGGAGCGGCCGCCUCCCCGCCCCUCGUCGUCGUCCUCCGGCUCGGGAGCCCCGGAUCGCCCGGCUGCAGGUUUUAGAUGCCUGAAUCAUUGCAACAGCUUCUGGGUGGUUUUGAAGAUUAAAGAGGUUCGGAAGUUGCUAUGUUAAUGCUGUUUGUUUUUGGAGUCCUGCUUCAUGAAGUCCCACUGAGUGGUCAAGAUGAGUAUCCUCCCAUUGCCAAGGGCAGUGCAGAUGCCCCGCUCUUUGACUACCCCAGCAUCCACUUGCCAGAAGAACACAUCCCCUACUUUUUGCACAAUAAUGGGCACAUUGCCGCGGUCUGUAAGAAAGAUGCACAGUGUCCAUAUAAGAAACACUUAGAGAAUUUAAACUACUGCUGGGGUUAUGAAAAAUCCUGCCAACCAGAGUUCAGAUUUGGUUACCCUGUUUGCAACUACGUGGACAUGGGAUGGACGGACACCCUGGAGUCGGCCCAGGAUAUCUUCUGGAGACAGGCUGACUUUGGCUACGCUGGCGAGCGGCUGGAGGAGCUGCAUUCACUUUGCCACCCCAAGGAAACGAGUGACUCAAGUCUGGAAUGUUCCCGUUUUCUCCAGUAUUGCAGAGCAACCCAUCUUUACCUUGACUUAAGAAACGUCAAGAGAAACCAUGACAGAUUUAAGGAAGGCUUCUUCCAGAGCGGGGAGAUUGGAGGACACUGUACACUGGACAGUCAUACAUUGAUGUCUGAAGGUCAGCGUAAAAGCCCACUGCAGUCUUGGUUUGCUGAACUACAAAGCUAUACUCAGCUCAACUUCAGACCUAUAGAAGAUGCUAGAUGUGACCUGGUUAUUGAAAAACCAACUUACUUUAUGAAAUUGGACGCCGGUGUUAACAUGUAUCACCACUUCUGUGACUUUAUUAAUCUUUAUAUUACUCAACAUGUUAAUAAUUCAUUCAGUACCGACGUGUACAUCGUGAUGUGGGACACUAGCUCCUAUGGAUAUGGGGACCUGUUCUCAGACACGUGGAAAGCAUUUACAGAUUAUGAUGUUAUUCAUCUGAAGACUUAUGAUUCCAAACGGGUAUGCUUUAAGGAAGCUAUUUUUUCAUUACUCCCACGAAUGAGAUACGGACUGUUCUAUAACACUCCUUUGAUAUCUGGCUGUCAGAACACUGGAUUAUUCAGGGCAUUUUCCCAGCAUGUCCUACACAGACUGAACAUCACACAGGAGGGACCCAUGGAUGGAAAAAUUCGAGUUACUAUUCUUGCAAGGAGUACCGAAUACCGGAAAAUAUUAAACCAAAAUGAGCUUGUAAAUGCACUGAAAACAGUAUCUAUAUUUGAAGUCCAGAUUGUGGAUUACAAAUAUAAGGAACUCGGCUUUUUGGAUCAGCUCCGGAUCACUCAUAACACGGACGUAUUUAUUGGGAUGCAUGGAGCAGGCCUUACCCACCUACUUUUCCUCCCCGACUGGGCCGCUGUGUUUGAACUGUACAACUGUGAAGACGAGCGCUGUUACUUGGACCUGGCCAGGUUGAGAGGCGUCCACUACAUCACCUGGCGAAGGCAGAACAAAGUCUUUCCUCAAGACAAGGGCCACCACCCGACUCUGGGGGAGCACCCAAAGUUUACCAACUACUCUUUCGAUGUAGAAGAAUUUAUGUACCUGGUCCUUCAGGCUGCAGAAUAUGUGUCACAACAUCCAAAAUGGCCAUUUAAGAAAAAACAUGAUGAGCUGUAAAUACGGGAGCGUUUAAAGGUUUCACUACCCAGACCCACAGUUAAAUCAGCAAAGCAGCCUACUUUUUCUUAGUCCCCUAAUGACCUUUUGUGUAUCCAAAAAUGCCUUCGGGAUAUUACUUGUAUUGCAUAAUCUUUAACAGUUUUCAUGUCAUUGCUAUUUCUACUAAUUUUGCACUGAAAACUCUUAUCUUUUAUAGUUGAAAAUAGGGCAUGGGUUCGCUGGAGUAACAGGGUUUCUUAGGGAUGCAAAAGUUUUCAACUUUCUUAGUGUUAGGAUUUGUAAGUGUUUUUUAGGGUACUAGGGAUUGUAAUUCCAGAGGCUUCCCAAUGUGUUUACGAUAUAUUUGAGCAAACACACAAUUAGCUUGUAAUGUUUGUCAAAACCUCUUCAUACAGGAAAGACA